CAAUAGCAGAACGGGUUUGUCUGCUAAACCUGGCUUAGGUAUAAGGCUCAGUUACACCUGCUGUUACUCCGUUAGUUCAGAGGAGACCGGGGCGGUUGUUCGUUUGCUGUUGACUUAGCGUUGGACGAAGAAACAGGGUGAGAUGGCUGCCACCACAGCACAGUCUAUGGGGACCCUGCCCAGUGGAAUGGGAAUAUGCACCACAUUCCCAGAUAUUUUUUAUCUGCCUGAACUGAUCUUUGGAGGCUUGGUUUGGAUCCUGGUGGCAUCAGCCCAUGUGACCCCACCAAACCCUUUGGGAUGGGUGAUGUUCGUCUCUAUCUUCUGCUUCGUCAUGACCUUCCUGUGGAUGAUCUUGUUUGCUGCUGGCUGUCACAAGAGCAGUUCUGGCUGGGCUGCUGCUGACUUUGUCUACCAUGGACUGGCAGUAAUCUUCUACCUCAGUGCAGGAGUUGCUUUGGCUUUCAUUACUAUGCUUAGUAAAGGUGGUGAUCUACAGCUCUACCGGAUUUAUAUCUCAGCAGUGGUGUUUGCCUUUGCUGCCACAUUCCUCUACUUUAUCCACGCCAUUCUCUCUGCCAUCCGAUGGAAACACUUUUGAGGAGAAAAGGCCAAACCUGCAAGAAGAACAGAGCAGCAUCAUUAUUGUCAUCUUUGUACAACUUUAGAUUUCCACAGAAACCUAGUGAUUCCUACUAUAUAGUCAUUUCUCAUUUAAAAUGCUGUUAGCAACUAUUUCAUCAGCUCUCAUUAAGCUUUUGAUCCCAAAUCUAUUGUUACAUAGGAUUUUGGGUUGAGGCUUUCUGCACCAAACAGACAUUUAAUGUAGACAUGUAUUGUUGUAUGUGGCCAGAAAAAUUAUGUGUAUAGUUUAAGAAAACUUGAAUAAAAGGUCAGUUUGGAAGAGAAAAAUAUUAUUUUAUCUUGGAAAAUCACAUUAGAAUAUAGGUGUCUUGAUCAUUAAGUAUAUGAUUUUUUUUCUACAUGUCAAGGAAUUUAUGCUGUUUUUACUGGUUUCUAAGGUAAUUAUAGUUGAUUGAAAUGAAAAACACUAUCUUAAUUGUCUUUUUAUAUUAGCUGCUAAGUGAAAUUAUUGGUAUUUUUAGAUAGGAUUUGAAUUACAAAUGAGUUACUGGGUUAAGAGUUACAAGUUAAA